UUGCGCGGAUAUUUAUUUAUGCAAUAAUAUAUUGUCAUAGAAUUUUAGGAGCACUCUCUGGGGAGAGGACUCAAAAAUGGCGACGUCGAGGACGAGCUCCGGCCUUCCGUAUCCCGAGAGGUUCUAUGUGGCUGCCGCCUAUGCCGGUUUCGGCGGAUCGCCUGGGGACUCCACCGCCGUCUCGAGAUUUCAGAACGACGUUGCCCUCUUGCUCUACGGCCUCUACCAGCAGGCUACCGUUGGUCCGUGCACUGCUCCCAAACCUAGAGCAUGGAAUCCCGUUGAGCAAAGCAAAUGGACGAGUUGGCAUGGACUUGGAAAUAUGGCUUCAACUGAAGCAAUGCGUCUGUUUGUUAAAAUUCUGGAAGAGGAAGAACCUGCUUGGUAUUCUCGUGUUCCUCAAGUAGCAGAAGAGCCUAGUGUAGAUGUAGAAAUGUUUAAGCCAAAAUUAGAGUCAGCUUCUCAAUCAACUUCAGAAAUUGGAGAUUCCCUUCCUGAAAUAAAAACUAUUUCUUCUGAAAAUGGGCUUCCAUUGGAUAUGGAAGAUAAAGAUGUGAUAAAGGAGGGACUUGACUCAGUUGGUAUUUAUGAUCAAUGGGUUGCACCACCAGUAUCCGGACAACGCCCUAAGCCUCGUUAUGCGCAUGGAGCAGCAGUCUUACAUGAUAAAAUGUACAUUUUUGGUGGAAAUCACAAUGGGCGCUACCUUAAUGAUCUCCAGGUUUUAGAUUUGAAAACUUUGUCAUGGUCAAGGAUUGAAGCCAAAGAAUUAGCAGGUUCCUUGGAUUCUUCAAACCCUGCUUCUGUUGCCCCCUCUGCCGGCCAUUCAUUGAUUCCUUGGGGAGGCAAGAUUUUAUCAAUUGCUGGCCAUACAAAAGAUCCAUCCGAGGCCAUAAUAGUGAAAGAAUUUGAUCCAGCAACUUGUUUAUGGUCAAAUUUAAAGACAUAUGGGAAACCACCAAUUUCCCGUGGAGGCCAAUCAGUUACACUUGUUGGAAACACUUUAGUCAUAUUUGGUGGUGAAGAUGCGAAGAGAUCUCUUCUCAAUGAUUUGAACAUACUUGACUUGGAAACCAUGACCUGGGAUGACAUUGAUGCUAUAGGUGCGGCUCCCUCUCCAAGAUCUGAACAUGCUGCUGCUUGUCAUGCUGACCAGUAUCUCCUAAUUUUUGGUGGUGGUUCUCAUGCCACAUGUUUUAAUGAUCUGCAUAUGCUUGACCUGCAAACUAUGGAAUGGUCAGAACCAGAGCAGCAGGGUGUGGUUCCUGGGCCACGAGCUGGCCAUGCAGGUAUAACUAUUCGGGAGAACUGGUUCAUUGCUGGAGGUGGUAAUAAUAAGAAUGGGGUCUCUGAGACUCUUGUUUUGAACAUGGCCACACUAGUCUGGUCGGUUGUUACCACUGUUGAAGGACGCGUGCCCCUUGCUAGUGAGGGCUUAAGCUUGCUCACAAACACACACAAGGGGGAAGAUUUCCUUCUUUCCUUUGGAGGUUAUAAUGGGCGUUAUAACAAUGAAGUCUAUGUACUCAAACCCAGCCACGUAUCACAUUCACAGUCAAGGAUGAUAGAUGGGCCAGAAUCGGACACUAUUGCUGUAGAUGCUAGCAGAGAUAUGGAACCAGAGUUCGAAGUAACUCAGGAUAAAAAGAUCAAGGAAAUUGUGGUGGACAAUGGUGACUCAGAGCAAAUGAGUGUCAGCAAUAAAGAAACCAUAGGGCACCUUGUGGAAACCCUGGACGCAGAGAAACGAGAAUUAGAAGCAACACUUGACAAAGAACAAAUGCAUACUGUACAGCUCAAGCAAGAGUUAGCUGUAGCUGAGAUGAAGAAUUCUGAACUUACUAAGGAACUUCAGUCAGUUCGAGGUCAGCUUGCUGCUGAACAGUCAAGAUGCUUUAAACUUGAGAUUAUGUUGCGUUUGAUGUUUGGGAUGAACUUGGCUAUUAGACUCCAUCUUGGAAAAGGUGGACGUGGCAGAACUACGGCAAAAAUUGCAGGCGAUGGAGGCAUUGGAGAAGGAAGUGGAGCUGCUUCGGCGGCAGAAGGCGGCCUCAGAACAGGAAGCUCUAAGCAUUCAGCAACAGCAAAGCUCCGGUGGCGUGUGGAGCUGGCUUGCUGGCAGUGGAAGCCCUCCACCUCCUGCCUAAUCCUCGUACAACGUUUGGAGCUGGCUUGCUGAUAGUGGAAGCCCUCCACCCCCUGCCAAAUGCUCGUACAAAGCAUAUACCCUUCUUGUAGCAUUCUUCAUUCUGAUUGAUAUAUUUUUUUUAAUUACAAAGUAGACGUAAAAAGUGAUGAGACUUCAACCACACCAAAGUUUGUACUCUAAAAAGUACUGAUUCAAGAAACAAUAUCCUUUUGACCUUUUCCCCCCGUCUUGCAUUUGUUUUUGUUCGUCCUAGACUCGUGUUGCUUGUAAUUUAUUUUUCUUUUCAAUUACUACAUACUUUCUUUUUGUAA